GCCUCGCGCCACCACCGCCGUCGUCGACGUCCGCGUCGUGCGCCGCGCGCCGGUGAGCCGCCGCCGAUCCGGUCCGCGCCGCCGCCGCCGCCGCCGCCGCCGCCGUCCGCGCGCGAAAAAGAAGCGCCGCCGCGCCGUUCCUCGCCUCAGCACACCAUGCUGAGCCAGUUCUUCGUGCUGAGCCCGCGCGGCGACACGAUCAUCUCCAAGGACUUCCGCGGCGACUCGCCCCAGGGCGCCGCCGAGGCCUUCUUCCGCAAGGUCAAGUUCUGGAGCAACGACAAGGGCGCGAGCGGCGCCGCGCCGCCCGUGUUCCGCGUCGGCGACGUCACGUACGUCUGGGUCAAGAAGUCCGGGCUCAUGUUCGCGUGCAACUCGCGGUUCAACUGCUCGCCGUCCAUGACGCUGGAGCUCCUGAACCGCGUCGUGAAAGUGUUUAAAGAUUAUUGCGGCGUGCUGAGCGAGGAGGCGAUCCGGAAGAACUUCAUAUUGAUCUACGAGCUCCUCGACGAGGUCAUCGACUUCGGCUACCCGCAGGGCACGUCCACGGAGAAUCUGAAGGCCUUCGUCUACAACGAGCCCGUGCUCGUCGACGCGCAGAAGACGCGCGUGCCGUCGCUGUCCGCGAAGACGACGCCGUCGACGUCCGUGCACAAGCCCAUCGCCGGCGGCAAGUCGUCGGUGAUGGGCGGCGCGCGGUCCGACAAGAACGAGAUCUUCGUCGACAUCCUCGAGCGGCUGACCAUGCUCUUCUCGCCGUCCGGCGCCGUCGUGAACUCCACCAUCGACGGCUGCAUCCAGAUGAAGAGCUACCUGUCGGGGAACCCCGAAUUGCGGCUCGCGCUCAACGAGGAUCUCGUGGUGGGCAAGGGCGGCGCCUACGGCGCCGUCGUCUUAGAUGAUUGCAACUUCCACGAGUGCGUGCGCCUCGACGACUUCGAGUCGUCGCGGCUGCUGAGCUUCCUGCCGCCCGAGGGCGAGUUCGUGGUCUUGAACUACCGGUGCACGGGCGACUUCCGCGCGCCGUUCCGGGUCCUGCCCCAGAUCGAGGAGAGUUCGCCGUUUACGAUCGACGUCGUCGUCCUCGUGCGCGCGGAGAUCCCGGAGACGAACUACGGCGGGAACGUCGUCAUCACCGUGCCGUGCCCGCGGACGACGGCCGGCGCGUCGUGCGGCCCGCCGAGCGGCGGCGCGAUCGGCCACGGCGCGGACUACGACGCGGCGAACCGCAAGCUCGUCUUCACCGUGAAGAAGUUCCAGGGCGGCGUCGAGCACGCCUUCCGCGCGAAGAUCACGCUGUCCGCCGUGUGCACGGCGCAGGCGCGGAAGGAGGUCGGCCCCGUCUCGCUGACCUUCGAGAUCCCCAUGUACAACGUCUCCAACCUCCAGGUCAAGUACCUCCGCAUCGCCGAGCAGUCCAAGGCCUACAACCCCUACCGCUGGGUCCGCUACGUCACGCGGUCCUCGUCCUACGUCUGCCGCUGCUGAGAGGUUGCGCGGGCUUAGGGCGCUCGCCUAGUAAUGCGGUAGACGCG